ACAUUUUGUACCCCUUAAUGUUAGGCUCGUGCAUCUCCAAGUAGUACAAACGCAAUUGGGAACCGUCAGAUUAGUCACGUAAUGUUAGUGCGUAGCGGUCCAGUACCUCACUCCAGUGGUUCAGUGCUCUCUCAGUCUUUGCGGCGACUAGUGCAGUGAACAUUUCUCAGGCCGUGAGUGUUGUGUUAAGUUUGAGUGUGUUGAAGUUAUUGGUUCUUUUGCAACAAACAAAAGAAAAAAAAGGCCUUCAUUGGUGGAAGAAUUAUUCCGGAGCUUGAUGACAGGGAAGAUUGUGUUUCUUCUUGCUCCUAUGAAGGGUCCUCAUCCGACGAGGGUGAAAGUGCUGUAGAUAUUGUGAGGCGAGGCAGGGAGAUAUGUGCGCUGAUACCAGGCAAUAAGUCUGUUAUAACGAGGGGUUAUUUAUUAACGAAACUAUUCGAAGACGAAACAAAACAGAAUCCCCUGUCUUAUGCGGCGAAAAUAAAGAGAUAUUUUGCUGCGAAAAAUGCAUUUCUGCAGAGUGGACCGGACAGAGGAUUUAUGAUCAAGUUCGGUUUAUGGGAACCCGCCCCCUCCAGAGCAAGCUCGAAUGAGACCUGGCACUUCAGCCGACUUUUGCGGGACAACACAAGUGCCAGGCCAUUCUCAAGGAGUUGCUGGCACCAGGAGUAUUAUUGGGAUGCGAUCCGAAAAAAGUACCGCGUGAGAGGAUUCUGGGCCACGAAACAUUUUAGACAUCCCCUAUUGGUUGAGCAUCCUUCCUCGGAGUUGAUGCUGCGAACCGGUUUAAAUGCGGUACCGAACACGGAAACUUGUUUGUUUCAGUCGCUUCCCCAAUUUCCGCCGCACGUGGGCUUUUUUUCCAAGCGCGAUUCUUUUCGCCUCACAUUCGUGCAGGUUUUCUUUAAAACCGCGGCGGGUGUACACAAGCAGGCGGAUUCGUGGCAAUUGACUUACAAUGUGGAACUGCCCGAAUCGUGGGAAACUAUUGGCUCGGAGGGUCACUUAUUCGGAGGUCGCCGCGACAAUUUUUCAGAGGAAAAGUGCACGGAUGCUGGUGCUGAGGAAAGCGAGGAAGAUUGGUUCUAGGCUCAGCUCCCCUUCUUCUUUUCUCCUCUUUUUUUUUACUAUUAUUCUCUUUUUUAAUUUUGAAAUAAUUCCA